AUGAUUCUUAACGUCAUUUUUCAGGGCCCUCAUACGCCACAAGAAGUAGGUGAGAAUGGUCUAUUGGACGAUCUAGAGGAACCCCCGAAGCUCAAGAAAAUCAGCAUGGAUACCGAUGAUCUCGAAAAAGCUUUGCAGAAAGGAGCAGCGGCUGUGGCUGACCAACUUGCUCACUGCUUGGACUCACUUUCGCUAAGUGCUGACAAUUCAGAAAAGGAUGACUCAGAAAAAAUGGACUCACAUGAUGAUGAAUCAAGUAAGAAGGAAGCGCAUGAUCAAGUAGAAUUGGCCCGAAAACUCAGUCAGCAGAUGGUUGAAGAAGCGUCUACUCCUUUGGCGUCAGCGCUAGCAUCAGCUUUGGCCGAUGGCGCAGGAGCUGUUCAGACGGCGGUUGGUACUGCUUAUGAAGGCUUAGUUGAUCUUGCAACUACAAUGUCGGAGUCCAUGGCAGAAGGAAUGAAAGACGCGGCGGAGCUGGCGCAGGAGAAGAUGAAGACAAUGCAGACCCGCUCGAGUCUUGUUGAAAGCGACGGCGACAAUCGCCCGGUGAAGUACGAGGAGACGGACCCCGUUAUUGACUCGGUGCUGGAAACGGUAGCCACAGACUCAGAUCGUGUUGACCAUGCAUUAAGCAACGGUGGUUCAGGAUUAGAGAACAAGGAGAAUGGCAGGAGACCUGAUCAUGAGGUUUGA